GAUGUUACAUAGCCUAUAGCCUCCCUUGAUAAAUGGACUCUCUAACACUGAAAGAAUUUUUCAAAUCGGACCAGUAGUUCCUGAGAUUAGCGCGUUCAAACAAACAAACAAACUCUUCAGCUUUAUAAUAUUAAUAAGUACGUAGAUAUUAAAGUAUUUUCUUCGGUUUUCGCAUGUCGGUAAACAUAUUUUUAUCUCACUGCAACUCGAUUGAUUUAUUUACGGUACAGUAACUUUUGCACUGUCUCUUGAUAAAAAAAAAAAGUACUUCAGUUUCUUGCGUUCGCUCAAUAUCGAUGAUAAUCUAUGUUUAAAUAAAUAGGCAGAGACGAAACGUUUCAGUGUCUUUUUAUAUAAACGCUUAACUACAUUCUUUUUGCCCACAGACUUCCACUGCUGGACAUAGGCCUCAUCCAAGCCUCGCCAUAAAGACCGGACCUGCGCUGCCUACAUCAGCUGAUCCCCACGAACCUCAAUAGAUCGGCAGUCCAUCUUUUGGGAGGCCUAACCACGCUACGUCUUCCGCAAUAAAUCUAAUAUGAAGGAGAAAAAUAUGGCUUUAAAAGAUGUGAAGGAAAAAUCUGAUUUACCACAGAAAGUACUGGAAAAUGUGGAUCUAGAAGACGCCUUAGAUCUGGCAGGCGCGGGCCGGUAUCAAUUAGUUCACACUGCACUGAUGCUGUUCUCAACGACGGCUGCGAUAUUAGAAAUGAUCGGAGUGGCUUUCGUGCUCCCAGCCGCGACAUGCGACCUUCAAUUAUCUGAUAAACUCAGAGGAAUCAUCACUUCGAUACCUAACAUAGGCGUCAUCCUCACGGCGGCGCUGUGGGGUAGAGCAUCGGACACUUUGGGCCGGAAGCCAGCAAUGAUUGCGUCUGCUUCGAUGGGCGGCUUCGUUGGACUCCUGGCUGCGUUCAUGCCUAAUUUGUUAGCGUUCAGCAUCUGCAAGUUUUGUGGUUCACUUUUUCUGUCAAGCGCGUCAUCUUUGGGUUUCGCGUAUAUUUGCGAGAUGCUGCCAGUGAAGAGUCGUGACAGAACCGUUCUGAUCUGCAAUGGAUUAGUGAUGAUACUCUCCACACUAUGUCCUGUGCUGGCCUGGUUAAUUCUUCCAUACGAAUGGCGAUACCAAAUGGGUGCGAUUAUCUUUAGACCGUGGCGUCUUCUAACCAUCGUCUACGCUAUUCCAUUGCUCGUAGUGGCGGUCUGCAUGACCUGGAUGCAGGAGAGCCCCAAAUUCCUAGUCACGAGAGGCAAACGCACCGAAGCUCUGGCUGUCCUCAGGAAAAUAUACUCCAUUAACAGGGGAAAGCCUGAAAAAGAAUAUUGUGUCAAAUCAUUGAGUUGUCUAUCAGAAACAGCCAGCGACGCCAGUGACACUGAUGAGCUCAGAAAUAAUUCUAUACUUUCGUUGCUUCGACCGCCGCAUCUGAAAUGGCUGCUUUUAACAGGAUUCCUCAUGUUUGGACUGUUCUCAUUAUUGAAUGGUCUCUUUCUAUUCGCACCGGACACGAUCAAUAGAAUGCUGACUGGAACAUCAGACGAAGUCGGAACCAUAUGUCUGUAUAUGAACAACGGUAACAAUAUAACGGCGAUUACUGACGCGUGCGUGGAUACGAUCUCAAACAGCACCCUCCUAGUGAUGGUGGUCACGACACUUGUGUACAGCGUCAUUGUGAUGGCGAUAAGUGUCGCCCCACUGUCCAAGAAGACUCUGCUGGUCGCCGUAUUCUUUGUGGUGGGCAUCAGCUGUCUCGUUUCUGGCCUCAGCAAGAACAGAAUGCUGGCCGGUGUUGCCAUGUCGUCAUUACAAAUAACUGCUCUGGGUAUCGGACCUUUGACUGCCUAUGCGAUACAUCUGUUUCCAACGAGCUUAAGAGGAACUGCAGUAGGAGCCGUGAUGAUGUUUGGCAGGAUCGGAUCCGCGUUAGGCGCGAAUGCAGCUGGAUUCUUCCUAUCGAUAGCUUGUACCCUUACCUUCUAUGGAUUCUCGUUCAUGCUGUUUUUGUGUGCUGCCCUCAGUUUGCUGCUGCCAAAAGACCGAAGUUGAAAUAAUAAUAAAAGACUAUCUUUUAUUUUAUUACUGGGAACAAAUCACGCACGGUGAUCCAGCUUCAAUUUAGGAUUCCCUGUGUUAUGGGUUCCAGAGACUGACAUACAUACUUACAUAAAUAUAUAUAAUAUAGAUAAUAAAAAAAUAAGUACAAAGAGCUACAACAUCACACAAUGCUUGCCCGAUCUGGGAAUCGAACCUAUGACCCUUGUCGCAACAGUCAGAGCCGCUAACUAUUGCACUACUGUGGCAGUCAUCUUAUUUGUUAACAAUGGUAUUCACAGCAUGACAUGACAAUACAUACUUUUCAUAAAACAAUUUUGUUUUAGUCUGUACCUUUGAUUUUAAUUACGUAUGUACGUAAAAUAAAUAAAAUUUAAGGAAUACAA